AUGAGCACAGAAGUUGCUGAAAAAGUCGAAACUACAACAGAAGAAAACAAGCAACCAGAAGAAAAGAAGUUAACAAAGGCAGAAAGAAAGAAAUUAAAUCGUAAAACAAAGAAACAAAGGAUGGAAGAAGCAGCAAAUCGUGUUAAAGAACCGUACGUUAGAAACAAGUUCCUCAUUGAAUACGAAGCAAAGAUGAAACAACAUCUCAAAGAAAUGGAAGAAGAAAAACGCAGAAAAGAACAAGAAGAGAUGAUUGCUCAAGCUGAAAAGGAAGCAGCAGAAAGAAAACUUGCAAAAGAGAAAGAACUUGCUGAUAAAACACUUACUCGUGACGAAGAAUCAGGUUUAACCUAUAGAGAGAUCGUUAUUGAAGCAAUUGGUGCAAGAAUGCAAGAAGAUGCACCAUUAGUUAGCAUGAAUGCAAUUCUCGCAUACUUCUACGACUAUUUCAAAGAUGGAGAUAAUAAAAAAUUCAAAAAUCUCCUUAAAUCUACUGUUAAGCAGUUAGUUAAGGAAGGAAUCCUCAGAAGCAAGCGUGAUUCUUAUGGACUUGAUCAUAAACAUCUGGAUCUCAAACCAGAAUUCUUACCAAUUCGUGAUUUAAUCGUUCGUAACAAACCAGCCGAGACACCAAAGGAUGCAACACCAGCUGAGACUAAACUAGCAACUGAGGAACCAGCAAAAGAAGAAACUAAGGAAGAAAAGACAGAAGAUAAAAAAGAGGAAUGA